CAUCACAUCACCAACUUUCAUCCAAGUCAAUAUCCUACUUUAUCUUAAAGACUUUAUCCAUCUUUUUGUUCUUUUCAUCUAAAUAACUCUUCAUCAUGGUUCAAUCAGCUGUUCUCGGAUUCCCUCGAAUUGGUGACAAGCGUGAAAUCAAAAAGGCUGUUGAGGCUUACUGGGCUGACAAGAUCUCAGCCGAAGAACUUCAAGCUGCUGCCAAAGAAGUCAGACUCCAAAACUGGAAGCGAAUCCAAGCCGCUGGUGUCGAUCAUGUCCCCAGCAAUGACUUCGCCCUUUACGAUCAUGUGCUUGACCAUUGCACCAUGUUCAAUGUGGUGCCUUCCAAGUACUACGAGGCUAAGUUGACCCCUCUUGAUUUGAGUUUUGCCAUGGGUCGUGGUCGACAACGUGAUGGUGUUGACUUACCGGCUUGUGAAAUGAACAAAUACCUCGGUACCAACUAUCACUACAUCGUACCCGAGGUCUCCAACCAGACCGAAUUCAAGCUUGUUCACCAAAAGCCUGUGGAUGAGUACCUUGAGGCCAAGGCUGCUGGAAUCGAAACUCGUCCAGUGAUCUUCGGUCCUCUUUCCUUCUUGCUCAUGGGAAAGACUGCUAGAUCGUCCAACGAGACAUACGAGCCUGUCUCCUUGUUGUCCAAAUUGGUUCCUGUCUACGUUGAACUUAUCAAGAAACUCGUGGCUGCCGGUGCCAAGUCUAUCCAGAUCGAUGAGCCUGGUCUCGUCUUAGACUCGGCUGACAAACUCGGAAAGGAGCUCAUCGAGACCUACACCGCUCUCUCUCAAGCUGCAUCUUCGGCCCAAAUCACGAUCACUACUUUCUUUGGUAGCGCCGAAGCCAUCUUGCCUUCCCUUGCCCAAUGCCCAGUCCACGCUAUUCACUUGGAUCUCACCGAGCGUGGAAACCCUUCUCAACUCAAGGCAGCACUUUCGCUCUUGAAACCCACCAAACUCGCCAUCUCCCUUGGUCUCGUCUCUGGCCGCAAUGUCUGGAAGAACGACAUGGGCCGCUGCUUGGAACAUAUCUCCGAGGCCACCCAGGCACUCGGCGAGGACCGAGUCAUCGUCGCCACUUCCUCGUCUCUCCUUCACACUCCUGUCACCUUGGCUAACGAAAGCAAGUUGACCGCCGAACAAAAGGAUUGGUUUGCCUUUGCCCUCGAAAAGUGUGAAGAAGUUAGCACUUUGGCCAAAGCUGUCUCAUCCUCUGUCAGCGAUGCCGUCAAGGCCAAACUCAGUGCCAACAAAGACUCGAUCAAGAAGCGUCGUGAAUUUGAGGCUAAAAGUGAUGCCAGUGUUCGUGAACGUUUGGCCAAGGUGACACCUGAGAUGUACAACCGAAAGAACGCCUUCCCCACCCGACGAGCCGCUCAAGCUAAAGUUGUUCAGCUUCCUCGAUUCCCUACGACUACCAUUGGUUCAUUCCCUCAAACCAAAGAGAUCCGUGUCGCCCGUGCCAAAUUCACCAAGGGUGAAAUCACUGCUAAAGAGUACGAUGACUUCAUCGGCAAGGAGAUCGAACAUGUUGUUCGCUUCCAGGAGUCCUGUGGUCUUGACUUGCUCGUUCACGGUGAGCCCGAACGAAACGACAUGGUCAUGUACUUUGGAGAGCAACUUCAAGGUUUCGUUUUCACUGAGAACGCUUGGGUUCAAUCCUACGGUUCUCGUUGCGUUCGACCCCCUAUCAUUGUCGCCGAUGUCGCUCGACCAGCACCAAUGACUGUUAGAUGGUCAUCAUACGCCCAAUCUCUUUCCAAGCUCCCUGUCAAGGGUAUGCUCACUGGUUCUAUGAUGCUCUCUAGUCCUGUGACCAUCCUCGCUUGGUCUUUCCCUCGUAUCGAUGUCUCACGCGAGGUCCAAUCCCGCCAACUUGCUCUUGCUCUUCGAGACGAAGUUUGCGACUUGGAGAAAGCUGGCAUUUUCGCUAUUCAAGUUGACGAGCCCGCUAUCCGAGAGGGUAUGCCUCUACGAAAGGCUGAUUGGAAUGAGUACCUCCAAUGGGCUGUGGACAGUUUCAAGUUGGCCACUGCCGGUGUUGAGGAUCGCACACAGACUCACUCUCACUUCUGUUACUCUGAUUUCAAUGAAAUCAUGUCACACAUUGCUCGUCUCGAUGCUGACGUCAUCUCGAUUGAGGCAAGCAAGUCAGACCACAAAUUGUUGAAGGUAUUUGCCUCGGUUGAAUAUGCUAACCAAAUCGGACCUGGUGUCUACGAUAUUCACUCUCCUCGUGUGCCAUCGCAAGAAGAGAUUCAACAAAAGAUUGCCGAUACCCUCAAGGUCGUCAAAUCUGAUCUUCUCUUUGUCAACCCUGAUUGUGGAUUAAAAACUCGUGCUUGGCCCGAGACUGAGGCUUCAUUGAAGAACUUGGUCGCUGCUGCCAAAUGGGCUCGUGAAACUUACAAGGCUUAAACUCUUGUGUCCAGAUGAACUGUCCUGUUUGUGUGUUGAUGUGUGUGUGUGUGGUUAGCAGUAUAUAGAUGAUUUAUGUAGACAGUUGAUGACUCGUCAUGAUUAGAAUACUUGUUCAACACGAGUAUUUUUUAAAACUUGAACCCGCUGAUAGUUCCUAUAUACCACUUUAGUAAAAGGUUUAUGAACUUUUGGGUUGAACAUCCGGUUUAUCAAAUGUAAUAUCACGUUUUUGAUCUCGGUA